UGGUAACCAGGCCAGGACGCCCAGCCUCUGCCCCUCAGGCCGACUUCAGCAACCGAUCUUCAAACUUUGCCGUCGGAGACAUACUCAGAGAGGAGAUUGUUUGUGAGAUGGCUGCUGAGACCUUCAACGUGUCGUUGAUGGAGGCCUACAAGGGUGGAGUGACGUUUGGAUACCCCGAGGGCUUCACGCUGAUGGAACUGAUGCCUGAGGACGUGAAGCCCCUUAUCCAUAUCCACUGGAGUAAGUUUCCUCCUGUUAACCCCAUGUGGUAUUAUCUACUGGCCAGUAUUUGUAUUAUCCUGGGAAUUCUCUCCUUCUUGGGCAAUGGUCUGGUCAUUUAUCUGUUCUCGUGUACGAGAAGUCUUCGUUCUCCAGCAAAUAUGUUCGUUGUCAAUCUGGCCUUCAGUGACUUCAUGAUGAUGUUUUCGCAGUUUCCAAUGUAUGUUUUGAACUGUUUUGACGGCGGCUACUGGACGCUGGGGGCACUUGCCUGCCAGCUCCAUGCCUUCACUGGCUCCAUCUUUGGCCUCACGUCCUUACUGACGCUGGCCGCUAUUGGCUACGAUCGUUACUGCGUGAUCGUGAGAGCCUUCAAGGGAAACCACAUGAGUUCCUUGAAGGCGUUCAUAAUCAUCCUCUUGUGCUGGACCUACGCCAUUGUCGUCUCCAUCUGGCCCUUCUUCGGCUGGGGCGCCUACAUCCCUGAAGGCAUUCUCAUCUCCUGCAGCUUCGACUACCUCACCCAGGACUGGAGUACCAAGUCCUUCGGCCUGUUCCUCUUCGUCAUGUGCUACUGCAUCCCCCUCACCGUCAUCACCUAUGUUUAUUUCCAAAUUGUGGUGGCCAUCCGUCACCACGAAGAGGCCCUCAGGGAGCAAGCCAGGAAGAUGCAAGUUGAUCAUCUGCGCUCCAACGUCGAUGCCAGGAAGCAGAGCGCUGAAGUUCGCAUCGCCAAGGUUGCCGUGGCUAAUGUAUUCCUGUGGGUCAUCACCUGGACUCCCUAUGCUUACAUAUGCAUGAUGGGAAUGUUUGGCGACCAAAGCAAGUUGACUCCGUUGGUAUCGGCGCUGCCAGGUCUCAUCUGCAAGACGGCUUCCGUCUAUAACCCCAUCAUGUUCGCUAUCUCCCACCCAAGGUUCCGCCUCGCUCUACAGGAGCUGAUGCCGUGGUUCUGCAUUCACGAGCCCAAGGACACCGAGUCCUGCUACAGCAAGGCCACCGACGAGGAAUCGUUGCCCGAGAAGCAGUAAUUAGACGCGAGGAGGCGCCGUAUCUUAGGGGGGAUCAUCUUAGACACGGUUGAUGUAGACCUUGAUUCAUCGUGUGAGAGGCUUGAGCAGUAUGUUAGUGAGGCUGAGAGUGUUAACCUCGUCACACAUUUGAUAUGUAUCUCCUGCCUUCCCUUCCUCUCUCUCUCUCUCUCUCUCUCUCUCUCUCUCUCUCUCUCUCUCUCUCUCUCUCUCUCUCUCUCUCUCUCUCUCUCUCUCUCUCUCUCUCUCUCUCUCUCUCUCUCUCUCUCUCAUUGUAGUAACUUCUUAAGUGUAUGAUGUUUGCCAAAUUCAGAGUCCUGUAAUGUGUUUAAUAUUCACUGAAAUGUGAAUAGCGGAAAUUCUCGAAUCAUACUCAGAAUCAUACUCAGAAUCAUACUCAGAAUCAUACUCA